GGCACCGUUUCUAAUUUAUUUUAGUUUAUUUUUAUUGUUGUACUUCCGGCUGGUCAAGACUGAAAGUGGUGAAAGAAUGAGCUCCAAAAAUGCGCCCAAAAAGAAAGAAAACCCGUCCGAACCAGCAUUUGAUUUGGAACAGCAGUUUAUCCUUAGGCUACCGCCGGGGCCAGCCAUGGCGUUGCGAAGAGACGUCCAGACUGGAUCUGUUGCACUGAAGGAUAAAUUCAGCAUAGAAAUGCAGCCAGAUCACAGGCAUUGUGUCGUAAGAUUCGGCAACGAACUGCUGUACGCUAAGUUGAUGGACCUACCAUGUAUUAUAGAGUCCCUGAAAACUGUGGAUAUGAAGACAUUUUAUAAAACGGCUGACAUUUCUCAGCUAUUGGUAUGUAGUUAUACUGAUGAAGAAAACAGUCAAGAUGAAAUUGAAAGCCCGAAAAAGAAAGAUAAGGACAAAAACAAAAAAUAUCACUUACCACACGGAGUGACACCGCCAUUGAAGAAUGUAAGAAAAAGAAGAUUUAGAAAAACAUUAAAGAAAAAGUACAUGGAACAGCCGGAUAUUGAGAAAGAAGUGAAGCGACUUUUCCGCACGGAUGCUGAAGCUAUUAACGUAAAGUGGGAGAUCAUUGUAGAGGAUGAGAAACCUACAGCAGAUUCUAACGGUCAAGGUCAGACGACAAUGGAAGGCUGGGUUGGUGGUCAAUCUGGUCAGUGGAAUCAGAACUCGGGAAGUCUGGAUUACGGAAAUCUGUUUGGGGAUUUGAGUAGCUCAGAUGAUGAGGAGGAUGAUGAAGAAGAGGAAGAGGAGGAAGAGGAAAAGGACAUCAACAUCAUGGACAGUGGAGAGGAGGAUAUGUCUCAGGGAGCGUACAUGCAAGGAGUGUCCAACUUCACCAACAAAGAUGAUAGCAUGUCACAAGACACAAUGGGGGCAGGGCGACCCAGAUUCUGGAUAUUUACCAGUGCAUUCUUCUUUGAACUGCAGAGUAAGUUGUCCGAGUUAAAACGGCAGGUUGAGGAGAUUCGACAGCGACGGAAAUCCACUGAGGAUCGUCUUGCUAAAACUCAGAGCCCUGUGUUACAGCAAAGAAUUCAGGCUAUUCUGGAUCAGACGAUCAAGGAGGAGACCGAAAAAGGGCAAGAGUAUGAAAUACUAUCUUCAAUGUUGACGCAGAGCUGAGGGUGGAUAUAGAGGAUUAUAAGGAAGAGGAUGUGUUUUACCAAUGCACGGAUAUAACUGGACAAAUCGUGAGGACAAUUUCGUUUGUAGAGAUGUGUAAAUAUCUUCUGAACAAUGCGAUCAAGUUCAACUCGGUGUAUGAUGAUCGAAAGGACACCAGAACAGAAGUCAGUAUUUUGUUGAGUCAAAAUACACUCACUUUUUCUUGCUAUGAUAUUGCUAUAUUUAAAGAAAUAUUUAUUUUGUAUUUAUGAAUAUUCAUGAUUUUACUGCUGGGUUAAGAACCACAAAAACAACAAAUCUAAAUUGAUAUGUUUAACUACUAUUUCCUUAUAAGGGCAUGGGAAGCCAAUAAAAUUUGUACCACAAAAUUGAAUAGCUUUGAAACGAAAUACUAAAUGUAUAGUGUUAUACAUUUUAAUGAUUAUUUCUGGUGUCAUAAUCAAUGACGUCAUAAUCAUAGUUUGUAGAACCCACCUUUACACGACUAAAGUGCUAAUUCAAGAUGUCCUGUCAAGUUUUCAUGUUAAAGGAUAAAAAUUGAGAGCAGUAAUCAUGACGUCAUAGAUUUCAUGUUAAAGGAUUAAAAUUGAGUACAGCAAGCAUGAUGUCAUAAACUUAAGGUUUAAGGAUUAAAUUGAGUUUGGUAAGCAUGACGUCAUAGAGGUCAUGUUAAAGGAUUAAACUGAGUGCAGAAAGUAUGAGGUCAUAGACUUCAUGUUAAAUGAUUAAAACCCAGAGUGUUAAAUGAUUAAAACCCAGUUAACACGUCAUAGAUUUCAUGUUAAAUGAUUAAAAAUGAGUGCAGAAAGUAUGACGUCAUAUACUUAGUGCUAAAUGAUUAAAACUCAGUAAGUAUGAUGUCAUAUAUUUCAUGUUAAAGGAUUAAAAUUGAGUGCAGUUAGCAUGAUGUCAUAUAUUUCAUCUAAAAGGAUUAAAAUUGAGUGCAGUUAGCAUGACGUCAUAGAGGCCAUGUUAAAGGAUGAAAUUGAGUGCAGUUAUCAUGACGUCAUAUACUUAUUGUAUGUAAGACAGCAAAUUAGUUGAGGUUGGUGACUAAACUGAUUAUGUAAUAUUUGUGUAUUAGAUCUUAAGUUGUGUAACAGUAUGUGAAUAUUGAUUAAGAUUUGUGUGAAUGAAUUCGAUUGGAUGAGAACAUUUGUGUGAAUGAAUUUGAUUGGAUGAGAACAUUUGUGUGAAUGAUGAUUUUAUUUGUACAAACAAUACAUCUGUAUGAAUGUUCCAUUUGUCUGAGUCUAUGCGAGUGAUUAUUUGUAUGAAUGAAUAUUUAAUCAUAAUGAAUGGAAAUACUACAGUAUGUAUGAAAAUUCAUAAUCACCUGUAUGAAUGGUCAUCAGUGUUAGAAUGACGACAUUAGGAAUGAAAGAAUGAAUGAAUAUUUCAUCAGUUUAAUCUAUGAGUACUUCAUGGCCAUAUUCAAUGAAUACUUUGUAUGGAUGAGCUAAGCAGAUAUUUAAGUGUCUAGGAAUUAACCUUUUUCACACGGUCAAAAACAUUUUAUUUAAGAGGAAAUUUUAAUGAAAAAUGAAACAAAUGCUCGAUCGACUGAGCUAUCAGACAGAUUUCUUCUCUCCAGUUUUUGCAUUGGGUAGUGGAUCCCAGAGUCCUUUUCAGAUUGAAUAUGGGCCUUCCUGAAAAUGAAUGGGGUCCUUUACAAUUUCCGUGCAUCAAAACGUUGUAGCGACAGCUUUAACACAAGUGUAUACUCAGCUUAUAACAACUCUACACUGUUUAAAUCUAUAAAGCUUCCUUCAUGUCCGGUAUUUAUCAGCAUAGCAUUACAGAAGAGAGGUUUAUUCCUAGGCACUUGAAAAAGCUCUCAAGUGUUAGCUUAAUCAUAUAAGAUAUUUGAGAAUGAAUGGACACCUAGAUAAAUGAUAUAUGUUACUCAUUGAUUUGGAUGAAUGUUAAGAUGCUGUCCUUGUUAUUUAUUGUUUUGACUUAUCAGAAUAAAAUUCAUAAAAUCUGU